CGGUGACUCAGAGCGCAUACCUGAUUUUUCUUUAAUACGUCAAACCAGAUUAUAGGUUGCUGCUCCGUAUUGCUCUUGAACUUGAUGAUGAGGUGCUAGCCUACAUGUCGCCUGUUCGAGAAUCCUGCUGAUUUUGAGUUGUGUAGCCCCUCUGUUUACGGGCAGACACUUAAAACGUAGGCCUUGCAUUCCACGGUGUCAUAGGGCAAAGACCAUCUGUAGACAAGCUGACACUUCGGGACGGGAUCUGCUCUUUCAAAGCGACAUCGAGGAGAUGUUAUCCUUUUGGAGACGUAACAAGGCCUAAAAGAGAGAGAGAGAGAGAGAGCGGGUGAGUUAGACACCCCUUUUACAGGUGUGUGACCCCUGGCCAGCAUGGCUGUGACGGGCGGGUCUGGAAGGCUGUGUGUUAGCGGGGGGGUUCGGGAGACCCUGGAGGACGUCCCCCCCCAUGUGUGGAAAGCACUACCAGAGAACAUGAGGCUCGGACCGUCAGCCGUCAACCAACACCGCGUAGGUGUGUGGGCGGUGCAGGCCAUCCCCAGGGGCAAGCGUUUCGGCCCUUUUGUGGGGGAGAGGAAGAAGAGGUCCCAGGUGACCAGUAACGUCUACAUGUGGGAGGUGUACUUCCCGACGCGAGGCUGGAUGUGUGUCGAUGCCACGGACCCUUUGCAGGGGAACUGGCUCCGUUAUGUGAACUGGGCCCGAUCCACACAGGAGCAGAACCUCUUCCCCCUGGAGAUCAACAGAGCCAUCUACUACAAGGUGCUACGGCCAAUCGGACCAGGGGAAGAAUUGCUUGUGUGGUACAAUGGGGAAGACAACCCGGAGAUAGCAGCUGCACUGGAGGAAGAAAGAGCAAGCAGUCUAAGCAAGAAAAAUUCUCCGAGGGCUAGAAGAGCCAGGAAGAAGCUCUUGGAGCGGCAGGCUGCUGGGAGACGGCCGGCUCUCAAGCCCACGGCAACACACUCACCCACACCGCCAGACAUGCGUGAGUUGGAACAAGGGCUGAAUGAGGAUGAAAGUCCCUCCCUGUCCUCAGGACUGAUGAAAGAGACUCCUCUGGGCACCAUGGCGACCGUACACCCAUCCCAGCACCCCCCUGGCAGAGCAGAGGACUCCGAGCACCCCCCCUCCGAAACUCCUCCCACCUCAGAGCACCCCCCCUCAGAAGCUCCUUCCCCAUCAGAGCUCCACCCCUCAGAAGCUCCUCCCCCCUCCGAGGAGCCCCCACCGCAGCAGGAGGAGGAGGAGGAAGAGGAGGAGCCGGAGGAAGAUGAGGAGGAGCAGCCCCCCUCCAUGCAGAGCCCAGAGCGGCCUGCGGGGGGCAGCACCUCACCUGACCCACAGGGCCCCUGCACAGCUGGCAGGGAAACCCCAGAGAGCCCCGAGGUCACGUCUGAGGGCCUGUCCUCUGCCCGGAACGCAGAGCAGGAGCUGGCGGAGCCGGAGCCCGAGGGUGACCUUGAGGACGACCUUCAGGGCGAGUCUCACCCGUGCCAGCACUGCGAGCGCCGCUUCUCCACCAAGCAGGGCCUGGAGCGGCACGCACACAUCCACAGCCUGGGCGGCCAGCAGGAGGCUCUGUCCUUCUGCUGCCGCUACUGCGGCAAGAGCUUCGGCUCGCAGGUGGGCCGCCGACGCCACGAGCGUCGCCACGAGAACACCGGCCGCAAACGACCCGGCUCGCUGGCCGGAACCGCCACUCUGCUCAGCCCGGCCGACGGCUCCGCCCAGCUCAUCGCCAUGGCGACGCAGAACGGCGCGCACGCGCCGCCCUCCGACGGCCACCGGAGGGAGCAGCUGGCCGCGGGCGGCGACUCGGAGCGGCCGGUCGUGGUGGACGACAGCGGCGAGGCCAAAGAGCUGCACCCGUGCAAGUACUGCAACAAGGCGUUCGGCACGCACACCAACAUGCGCCGCCACCAGCGCCGCAUCCACGAGCGCCACCUGCUGCCCAAGGGCGUGCGGCGGAGAGGCAUGCUGCUGCCCGACGCUACGCAGGCCGGGGGAGCCACGCAGGCGGGGGGGGUGCAGGAGGAGGGGUCGCCCAGCGGCAGCCCCCCGCCCGUCUACGUGCCCAGCAUGGACUCGGAGGACGAGGCUGAGAAGGACGAUGGCAUGGCCGACAUCUCCAGCAACAUCUCCGAGAACCUCAGCCUCUACAUCGACGGCAAGAUCGUCUCCACGGUGACCGGCAGCACCUGCGAGGUCAUCGAGGUCAACGCGGGCCCUGCCGGGAUCUUCGGGCUGGACGCCGUCAUCAUCAGCCCCGAGCAGAUCAGCCAGGCGCUCAGCAAGCAGGCCGCACACACACACGCGCGCGCUCAGCUGCCUGCUGGGAAACGCAGGACCUCCACGCCACCUCUUCUGCCCAACGUGAAGGUCGAGUCCGAUGGCAUUUCCUCCUCCGCCUCUUCGUCAUCCUCCUCCUCGUCGCAGCUGGUGGGCAGUGCGUUCCCGUUGCCUGACUCUCUGGCGUUCCAGAAGGAGAGGAGUGUGUAUCUGUCCCCGAAGCUCAAGCAGCUGCUACAGACUCAGACUCAGGACGGCCAGAAGGCCUCGGACACACACUCGCACACACACCGCUCCGCGCCGCCACUCUCUGUUAGCCCCCUCUCAGCCGCCACCGGAAGGUUCAAGCGCCGGACAGGCUCCCCCCCCACGUCGCCACAGCACUCGCUCUCGGCCGCCCCCUCCCCCGCCACAGAGUCCGUGCCACCCUUCGUCCUCAAGGUGCCCAAGCUGGAAGGCCAGAGCGGCUCGCCCGGCUGGGGUGUGUGUGGACGGGAGGACGGGGAGGCCACACACGCACACGCGCAGAGAGACUGGCCGUCGGGCCGGAGCGGCGGCAGCUCCUGCAACCAGCAGCCCCUGGACCUGUCCAGCACCGUUGGGCGUCGUCGUAGCGACGCGGGGGUGGCAGGGGCUCGACCCGCGGGGGGGGAGGCCGUGCUGGACCUGAGCGUGAGCCGCAACAGCUCUGGUACCGUCGCCCCGGAGACGGACGCCCGUGGCAACCCACCGGCGCACACACAGCCUCCCCCGGGCCGCAAGAAGAAGCCCAACACCAGCAUGCUGGAGAAGGUGCUGAUGAGCGAGUACGCCAGCCUGCCACCAGGGGGCGACGAGAACGAUGCCGACGCCACCGCCGCCUCCUCACCGGGCAGUACCGUCCCGGACGCCGAAGCCGAUGAUGUCACUUCCUCCCCCGCCAGCCCUGGCUCUGCCUCCGAGCGACUGCCCGGCGAGUCCAGCCACUCCUCGCCGCCCUCGUUGACCCCGGUGACCUUUAACCCCUCGUCACCCGGCUCGCCGCGACUGGCCUCUCCGACCCCCCCACCCCCCCUCCUGCCCACUGCCCCCUCCCCUCCCCCCCUCAACCAGCCAGCCUCCUCCUGCUCCUCCUCCUCCUACCCCGUGCUCUCCCCUCGACCCCGAGAGCUCACGCCGGACCACACACACACCUCCGGCUCCGCAGACACACACACGCUCGGCUCCGGCGGAACUGACCCCUCACCGAGACCCGACUCGCCACACGAGCCUGUGUCACCCGGUUCUGACGACGCGGAACCCAGUGAUGCUCUGCCUCACGAUUCUGGCCUGUCCUCGAGUUCUCUGGGUCACUCAGACUCCCUGUCCCCACACAGCCAAAGCGGUUCUGCACAAGAACCAGUCCGGCAGAACGCAGAACCGGCUCGGUCCCCCUGCAAGUUCCCAGCCGAAUCUCAGUCCGGUAGCCCAGCCAAAGCUGCCGCUAAACAAACACACUCCGUCACACACCUGGCGCUGAAAGAGGAGCCGGAGAGUGACGAGGCACCCAGGAGUGUCGCCGCGGAGAUGAGGGAGGCGGAGCCAGGUGGUGACGAUGACAGCGACGGCGACACGUUCGCCAAGAGCUUCGUGUGCAACGUGUGUGAGGAUCCGUUCCGCUCCAUCGCCGAGCUGAGUCGCCACAUCGCGGUGCACGCGUCUGAUUGGCCGCUGAAGUGCGAGUUCUGUGUGCAGCUGUUCGGCGGUGCGGAGGCCCUGCGCGAGCAUCGCUCGGCGCUACACGGGGUCGGCCGCAUCUACGUCUGCUCCGCCUGCCGCAAGGAGUUCGCCUUCGCCUGCAACCUGCAGCAGCACCAGCGCGACCUGCACCCCGACCAGCCCUGCACACACACCGUGCUCGAGAGCGGCAAGCUGAGGCCGCACAACUACACCGACCCCGCCCGCGCUGCCGCCGAGCCCAUCAUCGCCACGGAGACCACCCCGGAGCCCGUCCUCCCGGACGCCAGCCACGCCGAGCCCAAGAAGGAGGAAGAGGAGGUGGCGGAGGGUGGGGAGGAGGUGCGAGACCAGGAGGUGCGGGAGGACUCGACGGAGGAGCUGUACACCACCAUAAAGAUCAUGGCGUCCGAGGCGGGCAAGCCCAAGGGGCCCGACGUGCGUCUGGGCAUCAACCAGCACUACCCCAGCUUCAAGCCUCCGCCCUUCCCCUACCACAACCGCACGCCGGCCGGCUCCGUCGCCUCGGCGACCAACUUCACCACCCACAACAUCCCGCAGACCUUCACCACGGCCAUCCGCUGCACCAAGUGCGGGCAGAGCUUCGACAACAUGCCCGAGCUGCACAAGCACAUCCUGGCGUGCGCCAGCGCGAGCGACAAGCGCCGCUACACGCCCAAGAAGAACCCCAUCCCGCUGCGCCAGACCGUGCGGCCCCACAACGGCCUGGUCCCCGUCGCCACGACGACCGCCACGGCGACGACACACAGCGCCUUCCGCAGGAUAGGCCAACCCAAGCGGCUGAGCUUCGGCACGGAGCCGGCGCCGGCGGCGUCCCGCAUGAGCUCGCUCAGUAAGAAGAAGCAGCAGCUGCUGCAGAAGGCCAUCUCCCAGAAGAACCGAUCGGCCUCCUCGGCUGCCAAGAGGGCGGGCGCCCAGCCGCCGCAGCCGAAGAAGGAGGAAGAGGAGCAGCCGCCGCAGCCGAAGAAGGAGGAAGAGGAGCAGCCGACGACUGCGGCCGCAGCAGAGCUGCACGUGUGCCCCCACUGCAGCCGGGAGUUCACCUACCCCGCCAGUCUGUCCAAGCACAUCGCCGUCAGCUGCCCCAUGAAGCCGGCGCCCAAGCGGGGCAGGAAGGCAGCAGUGCCGGCCGCAGAUGCCCAUGCCCCCCCGCCGGACAAGAGCAUGAGCCUGCGGAGACGCCCGCUCGACGAGGCCAAGCAGGAGUCGGACCCGAGGCCUCUGGGAAAGACACGAGCCCGCAGCUCCGAGCUCGCCGAGACUGACGCCAACCUGCCGCCCAGGGGGAAGGCCGCCACCGCCGCCACGCGUGGCAAGCGCCCUGCCACUCAGCCCCUCGCUGCUGUUGCCCCCGGCAACAAGAAGGGCAGGAAGAGCCUCCAGGCCACACCCCCCUACCAAGGCCCCGUCCCUCCAACCGUGCCAACCGUCGACUCGGCGGAGCGGACGGCUGGCAAGGGGCAGAAGGCGGUCAAGGAGGGGGCAGGCAAGCGGGCACCAGAGGGCAAGAGGGACGAGCGCGCGCUGCGUCCGCGGGAGAGGGUGGGGGGGCCAGUCACGCGCAGCCUCCAGGCCACUGCCCCCCCGGGAGACGGCAAGCUGGACGAACCCCCCAGCCAGGACGCAAGGGAACCCCAGGAGGCUGCCGCCAAGCUCUCCAGGUAGACCUUCCGGAUCCUUCCGAGGGAAGCCGUGCUUGCAGGCGGUCGAGAUCACCUUGGGUGACCUUUGACCUUUGACCCAGCCUGUGUCCAGUCGCCGGUGCGGGCGGUUGCCAUGGGAAACGGGGACCUCUCGGACACCUUCCAAAAGUCCGAACUCCCCCUGCAUUUCCAGAACUGAGCCUGCGAUGGACACACAACACAGAAACACGCAGACAAGGACUGUAGAUACAUAAUGAAUCUAUACUGAAAUCGAAUCGGCAAUGACUUGAUUGGUAAUGAUGGGGGCACUGUUAUCAUGGAUGGCUAUCCUACUGCAAAUGGCAAUCAUUUAUCUCGAGUUACUGCAAGUAGCCUUGUUCCUUCUGCCCUGCUCUCUCCUCCUCUCUGUGGUCAGUCUCUGAGACCGACGGGGGGCCAGCAGACCCUCCCAGGGACCAGCCGCCUCCGACCCAGACCCGGUGCUGAUCCUGUUGUGGCCCUGAUCCGGCGUGGCCGUGGCCCUGAUCCGGCAUGGUUGUGCUGCUCCCCUGUCUCUCUGCAUGAGUUGCGUAUCCUGAGCCCGUCUCUGCCCCUCCCCUCAGUCCACUUGCCACACCUGUCCUGCCCUGUCCUGCCCUGUCCUGCGCAGGUGUGUGUGGGCCACACUUACCUGUAUUUAAUUUAACGGAAUGCUCUAGAGAAUGAAAUGCUCAUGCUCUCCUGUAAAGAGAGGUUUCUUUUUUUUAAAAUGUAAACGUGUGACCCAGAUGAAGCAAUCUGUUUGAGACAGCUGGACUGAGUGCUCGUGUGUGUGUGUGUGUGUGUGUGUCCUAGACUCCCGCUCUGACUCUAAGCCAUGACCACUGCGUGGCGUUAGGUCCAGGGCCGCACGCCUCAUCAUCUCUCCUCUCGUCCUGCCGCUCCAAUGGCGCUCCGCACAGGACAUGGAACACUCUCACUGUCCUGUUGAGGCAAAAAGGAACUUUUGAAUUCAAAACCUUCCAGAUGAUGCAAAUGUGAAGUUACUUAAUGUGCCCCAUGUCGUCCAGUAUGCCUCAUGUUGUCCAAUGUGCCCCAUGUUGUCCAAAAGCACUUUAAUCACUAACAGAGAUGAUCUGUUUCGCAAGCCAAGGGAUAUUUCAAUUUCUUAAUCUUAAUUUGGAGUUAAUUUGUUCUUGUCUAGUCUAGUGGUCCUCUUUAAGGUCCUCUUUAAUACACUAUUCUGCUCCACUCAGAGGUGUGUGUGCAGUUCUACUCCUCCCUUCAUGUCUGAUGGCUGGUCCCGUGUAGCUCUGGCUCAGGGUCAAACUCUUCAGCAGUCUAACGCUCUAGUCCAGGGUUCUAGCAGUCUAACGCUCUAGUCCAGGGUUCUAGCAGUCCAGUGCGCUAGUCCAGGGUUCCAGCAGUCCAACGCUCUAGUCCAUCAUAGCCGCCUCAGGGUUACACUCUUCACCACAUAGCUCUGGUACACACUCUAGAGUGUAGCGCAUCCUCCACACACACUCUAGAGUGUAGCGCAUCCUCCACACACACUCUAGAGUGUAGCGCAUCCUCAUCCGCACCACUCUAGAGUGUAGCGCAUCCUCCACACACACUCUAGAGUGUAGCACAUCCUCCGUAUAGGAGAUCUCAGAUGGGUGCAGUGUCGGGGCCUCACUAGUCCUCUGACUGGAGUGGGUCUGGACUCGGGGUCGUCCGUCGGCCAUAUCAAGGGCUUCCAGAUAUUCACCAGCAGGGCUGGCACACUAACAAACACGCACGACCUCCCUCACUAGCGCCCCCAUGAGGUGUCCCGUAGGUUAACAGGCACGCAUGACCUCCCUCACAAGCGCUCAUUAGCGCCCCCAUGAGGUGUCCCAUAGGUUAACAGGCACGCAUGACCUCCCUCACAAGCGCUCAUUAGUGCCCCCAUGAGGUGUCCUGUAGGUUAACAGGCACGCAUGACCUCCCUCACAAGCGCUCAUUAGCGCCCCCAUGAGGUGUCCCGUAGGUUACAAAGGGCUGUUGAACACACUGCUCCUGCAGUGUGUGUGUGUGUGUGUGUGUGUCUAGGGUGGGUAGUUUUUUGCUGAACUGCCAGUCAAACUAUGCAGACCUGGGCCUGCUAAGGGGCAGCAGCUGAUUGGUCAAUAGCUGAAGCCUAUUUAGUGACUGGCCAAUCAAAUUGUAUCUGUUUACUGGCCAAUUAGAGCAACUGUACAACAAAACUGGCCAAUGAGAGCAGCAAUGUGAGGUGACUAGCCCUUGAGAACUGCUGUAAAACAUGACUGGUCAAUCAUAGUAGGUGUGUGUCAGUCUAUCAACUAAUGACGGUAGGUGUGUGUCAGUCAAUCAACCAAUGACGGUAGGUGUGUGUCAGUCAAUCGGCCAAUGAGAGUAGAUGUGUGAGGCGAUUGACCAAUGAGAACAGCUGUGGCUGUGAGGUCACUGUGAGCAUGGGUGAGAAGCCUGUUGUCUUAAGGGGGGGGGUGCCCUGGGGAGUGGGCGUGGUCCUGGGGAGUGGGCGUGGUCCUGGGGAGUGGGCGUGGCUUAUCAUUUUCACUGGUGAAGAAUGUCCAGCUGUGCCAUAGAGUGGGUGAGGGGGUGGAGAGAGAGUUCUGAUGACCGAGCACAGCGACUACGUAGUCCAGUCUGAGCUCGUCAAGCCGCCUGACAGGAAGAUGGUGUUCUCUGUUGCCAUGACGAUGACGGACGCUGCUCAGGCUGGUCUCUGACGGACUCUGCCUCGGGGCAGGUCAGCUGUCCAGUUCCUCGCCUCUUGAGACAUCCAGGAGCCGACAGGCGGGACUCGCGUAUGUGGGAUGGGAGACACUUCAAAAUGGAGAGAGCGCGAUCUGACUGACCCUGUCUGACCCCUGCCCAUCUCUGGGUGGGGAGUGAGUGUGUGUCCUCAUGUCGGUCGUUUGUAUCUGGGAAUCGUUGUAUGUGUGUUGGGAAGAACAAAUGAAUAAUGUGAUGUAUGAUGAUGUGGGAAAGAAAAAAUAUUAAACACGUUUUUCAACAA